GCAUAGUGUUUUGUGAACCCCAGCCAAAGGAGUCCGCUUUCACCGCUCUGGUCUUGGCUGUGGUCAAGCAGAUACGAGUAUCGUGGACCGACAUGACGGACCAUAUUAACGAAGGCAGCGAACAACCCGGCGCGCGCAAUGUAUGGUCAAUGUCGAACCAACCAGUUGACAGUCCCGAUUCGGAGCAAUCGAAGAAACCCCAAGAUCAGCCGUUAAACCGCGCUUGCGAAGCUUGUCGCAUUUCCAAAGUCCGAUGUCUUGUGAACCCUGACGCAAGCUCAUCGCAGUGCCAGCGAUGCGCCAAGGCCAACCGGACCUGCAUCUUUGCGCCACCCGUAAAAAGGCGACAGCGAAAAAGGACAGAUGUGCGCGUCACGGAGCUGGAGAGAGAAAUUCAGCAGAUGCGCAGCCUCCUAAAGGCGAAAGCGCGUCCAUCCAGCGAUGCCAGCGAGCAUGAGACGGGAGACGAUGAAUCGGACGAGCAGGGGCACGCGAAGGAUGAGGAGACUCCAUCCACUUGGCGAAGGCACUCGAGUAUGGGAACAGCAACAAUACCCUCGACGGGAUUUGGUGGCCUUCCCACAACCGCCAACCAAGCACCCCUGCCCGAGCCCACACCAACCACCAGCGCGCCCAAAGAAUUUCUAGGGUCGUCUGACAACGAUAUAAUAGAUCGCAGCGUCAUUUCAGAGGAGAUGGCCCGCGAAUUCUUGGGCAUAUGGCGCAAGGAGCUGGUCGCGGCUUGCCCAGGUAUCACGAUUCCCAGACAUUGGGACGUUUUCGAUCUUCGAGCAAACAAGCCCGCACUUUUCCAUGCCAUCAUGGCGGCCUCUGCUCAUUCCAAAGGCUCGGCAUUGUCCGACAGACUGCAUGAAGAAGCCGUACUCUUAUACGCGCGUUCUGCUUUUGUCAAAGGCGAAAAGUCUGUUCAGGCUAUCCAGGCAUUGAUAGUUACUGUAUCGUACUACUCGCCUUCCAAGACACCAGGACAACUGCAAAUAUAUCAAUGGAUCAACAUGGCAGCCUCGAUGGCGCUAGAGCUCGGCUUGACAUCGAAGCCGAGAACACACGAACAAUUACCCAAGCGUGCCAUUCGAUCGCUACAGAAGAUUUCUUCACCAGAGGAAUUACUAGAACACUGUCGCACCAUUCUACUGCUGUACAUUAUAAGUGCCGGCUUCUCGAUGAGAAUGAGGCGACCUAAUAUUUUGCUGUUUAACAGUUGGAUGGACGAAUGUUUUGGAAUUCUUGAAAAGUCAAAAUUAUUGGACGAUAAGAGGAUAGUUGCGUGGUUGAAGCUGCAGAGAAUUGCCGAUGAAGCAAACACGGCAUUCGGCUUUGAUGAUGCGAGUACAAGUUUCAGUCUCUCUGAGCUGCGUAUGCAAAUCAUCCUGCGAAUCUUCGACCGGAGGAUGCAGGAUUGGAGGAAAUCGGUUCCCGACGAUGUAGUGACAUUGAGUCUCGAGCUCGAGUACCACGCAGACAUGCUUGCCAUGUGGGAGUUUGGAAUGGAUGGAGGUCGCUUCGACGUCAUCGAAUUCAAAAACCGGCACGUCUCACUGCCAGCCCUCGACGACGACUCUGUGCAACCCGAAUCCCUCCUCUCCCGCUCUGCCCUCCAAAUCAACGCAACAACAAAAUGCGUCAGCGCCGCCCAGACAACCCUCGACCUCUUCCUCACCGUUCCCGAAGACGAACUGCGCAAAUCUCCAAACGUACUUUACCUCCGCGCUGUCUACUCGCUUGUCACGCUCAUGAAAGCAGACUACGCCGUCGGCACUGAUGAGGAAAUGAGCGAGCUGCUGGAAAGCCAGAGUCUACGUGUAGGAUACUAUCUCGACGCCGUAAUCCAAAAAACCAGCGAUGCCGCUGGUCCGCAGAAAUGCCGGAACCCCAGCCACUGGAAAUUCCUCCUCGAAGCAAAACUUAAAAGCUGGUGGAACGAGUACCAGGAAUGGCGCAAGGAAGGCAGACAAUUAAAAAGAAGAAAAACAACAUCCAAUCAUGAAUAUAGUGGAGAAACACAGACCCAACCCUUGGUACCAUCAUUCGCAGGACACAGUCUCGACACUACUACUGCUGCUACUUCUACAAACAACCCAUCAGCAUCACAUAUCCCACUUGACCAACAACAGCAAGCACCUCAGCAGCAACAGCAACAACAACAACAACAACAACAACAACAACAACACCAGUCUUCUCAAUUCCCCCUCUCAGGCUUCAAUCUCUCCUCCACAUACCCCACCACCGACGCCACAGCAGCCCAAUGGCCCACCAACGAAAUGACUCUCGACACCACCCCCUCCACACAAACCAUGGGCGACCAAUCCGGUUUCACGCCUGACAUGGGUGAUUUCUCAGCAGCGUUUCAAAAUGGCGAUUUGUAUCUUUGGAAUGAUUUGACUGCUGAGAAUUUCGGGGGCUGGGUGUCGCAGGGGGGAUCGUAUGCUGGAAUUGGGUUUGGGGGAGUGAAUGGGCAGGGGUUUUGAGGAAGAAAGAGAGCAGAAGAAAAAAAAGGAGGAAGGAUAGAAUUGUAUGUAUGUGUGUGCGGAGUUGAAAAAACACUGCUCAACCAUAUCUUUUACGAAGGAAAAUAGACAUAGUUUAACAAGCGCAACAACACUUUAUAUUCAUUG